AUGGCAGGUGCUCCAGAAGUUUCUCCGCUGGAUUGCGAGAUGUCUAUCAAAACAGUGCGCCUCGAGAAGGAAUAUGAAAAGGCAAUUGCGGACUCGGCACGUCUAUUGGACACCGAGCGAGAUCGCGUGCGACGUAUGGAGUAUCUGCUUCUUCAAUUCGAUCGCGAUGCCCUACAAACGAAGCUCGACCAAGCCAACGACCGGAUACUGGGAUUGACACAGGCCGAGUCUGAAGCGCAUCUUCAAUUGGAUGAAGCUUUCCAGGAAAUUGAUUUCUUAGACCAGACCGUCCAAGCAACGUCAAAUGAGAUUCAGAGGCUAAAGGAAGAGCUUUCAGCAUUAAACGAUACAUCGACCAGCUACAAAACGCUACAGACAGAGAAAAUGCAGCUUUCACGAGAGUUAUCCAAUGCCAAGUCCACACUAGAGCGGUUACAGACCCAGAAUACCUCCCACCAGGCCAUGGUGGCUGAAAAGCAGGCGAUGGAGCGGCAACUUAACUCGCUUGAACUUCAAAUUGAAAAUGAGAGAAAUUCUCACGAGCGAACGCGAGCGAAGAGCUCUGACCAAGCUACCCAGAUUACCAACCUAUCAUCCCAAAUUGAAGAGCUUCAAAAUGGACUCGCAAGAGAGCAACGAGCAAAUCAACAGCGUGAACGAGGCGAUCAGCAGCAGAAUGUAGGAUGGGAAAAGGAACGAUCAGUAUUGGAGGGAAAGAUUGAAACGCUACGAAAGCAACUCCGCUCGGCUAAGGAUAAGCUUCGGGAGGCGCAGGAUGACCUUCAACGGCGCAGCAACAUCCGUACAGGCAAUGAAACAGUUGGCGAUGAAUCAGGGUCGCGAAGAGUUCCGCUUCAGCGUCCGGGACCCAGCGAAGAUUCUCACUCCGUGGGCAUGACAAUCGCAACGCCAGGAGCUGUGCGUGUGCAAGAGAAGCCAAAGAGACAAUCCGCGCUGCCGGGCGACAAGUCAGCAUUUUCCAUCACCCCAUUCCUGAACCGCACGGGUCCUGCGCCUCGUGAUGCUCCAAUAAGCUCCGACGUGGAGGAAUAUGAAGUCGAGAAAAGUCAUACUGCACUGCGUAAGCCCAGUGCCGUUCAUCAAAAUGACGGGAAUUCGUCACCCGGUGAGGAAUCGGCCCAACCUGCUCCUAAAGCGAAAAAAGCGAAGCCAAAGGCACGAGCGGGAAACCCGGUCAAAUCCAAAGUUACACGAGAACCGAAAGAGCCAGCGAGCCGCCCCGUCGGGAAGGCUUCUCCUGAGGCUGCCGAGGAACCGCAGUAUGAUGGCCCCGUAGAGCAAGGACAGGCGAAGACCAAGAGGCGGAAACUUGGGGCUCAGCGAGAGCGCAGUUUGUUUGAAGAUGAGGAUGAGGAUGACCUUCUUGGCCUCCGGAAGCCUCGAAAGUUGACUCUUGGUGGCGGGCGACAGUCGGUACUUGCGGCACCUCUAUCUACUGCAUUGGCUGGGGAUCGGCUGGCUCGUGGGGGAGGCUUUGGUGCAGCUAGGGCAUUUUCACCUCUGAAGCGAGAUCGCAUGCGAUAG